CGGCGUUUACUACUACAACUACUGGUGCUACCACUACUAGUACCAAAACUACUACAACUCACGAGUACAAAAUAAAUAAUAAAGAAGACUUACGUGAACUUAAACUAAUAGACAGUAUAAUGAUGGAGGAGCCGUGUGCACACGCUGGUGGCCAAUGCGUUUUGGCUUCAGACUGUCCAGCUGGGCUCCUGGCAGAGACAGCAGGACUGUGCCCUAACCAGCAGCCUAGGGGAGUUGAAUGCUGUUAUGGCAUGUCGGUCAAAGAAACGAGAUGUUUCAAGUUGGGUGUGUGCAUGCCGCUGACGUCCUUCUGCAGCGACAAACUGAUCUUCACUCAAGCUAAAGACUGCCUGGAUGACGAGAAAUGCUGUAUCAUGACCGCAUAAAAAGAAUAUUCUACUAAAAAUACUAUUCUUAUACACAUCCUCAUAUUUUCGUUACAUACGACAUUCGAUAACACCACGACGGCAAAGCGUUGUCGUAUUCCAGUCGAAUGUUUGAGGAUGGACAAAAGUUUAAUAAAAUUCACAGCUGCACAAAAAACAUGGUCGAUUCUUAUUUUCCCGUUAAUGAAAAUGAAAUCAUUUGAGUAAAUAUGAGUAUUGUUAAGUUUGUUAUUUAAGAUCGACGCCACAUGAUGCAUUGCAUCGGGGCCAACGCCCCGAUGCAAUACAUGAGCGGUGACUCUGCGUUAUAUUAUCCGCUCACGCGAUGCGCUCAUCCUACCGCAAAAUGGCGGCUAUUUGGUUUCGCAAAUUAGAAAAGGAUUCAGUUUAAAUACAAGUUUUAAAAAAUAAAAACUAUUAUUCUGCA